CUCUGAAAUGGCAAUGGUAUAACAGAACUCGUCGGUGCGUGCUGAUCCGACGACGGCAAGAGGCCUUAUUUAUCUGAUAUGCCGCUAAACAUGCUCAUAUGUUAACUUGACCUUGGUUAAUUGAUUGAUUCAUCGAUGGACAGAGAUAGUCUUUAAUCCCCUGAUCAAACGGUUCACCUGGUACUGGUGUACUCAAGCCCAGGUGCAAGAUCCGUGUUGUGUUCAUAACCCUGUAAAAUACAGAAUGGCGUGUGGUUGGUGGAGUAAAGACAACAUUUCCCUCUUUGUCUGUGUCAUUCUCCUAGCUGUGGCAAACGCUGCUAAAAUACUCCUCCUGCCAUUACAGACUUAUAGCGGCUGUGUAGAGAUGACCGCCAUUGGAGAGGCACUCUCAUGCAGGGGACAUAACUCCACGAUAUUCCUGUUGUCCAAUUUCAAUGACAGGAAAUGCUAUGGUGAGGGUAAAGUAAGGGCUCUCAAAUUUAAAGCGCUUUCCGGACCUGCCGCACCAAAGACACCCGAGAAAAUUUAUGAUUCUGUCACAGAUUUACUCAUGAAUGGCGAGGAGGCUUCGUUUUCGACUCAAAUGGGCGUUAUUAAGGAAAUGAUUUCGUAUCAUUGCGCAGGCGUGGUUUCUGAUACAAGAAUGUGGAAGCACUUUAGAGCCGAGAAGUUUGACAUGGUUGUUGUAGAAGGAUCCGUCUUCGCAUAUUGUUAUUUCUUAAUCCCGUACAAGCUGAGGAUACCGUAUGUGGCUUACAGCACCGCGUUUGAGGAUUACACCAUGGCCGGCCCGUUCCUGCCCAGCUUGGUUCCCAGCCCUUUCUCCCAUGACACUGAUCACAUGUCUUUUUUUCAGCGAAUACGAAACCUAUACAGACAGUUAUAUACCCACAUAACAGUAAGGAUGGCAAUUCCAGGCAGUGUAUAUGUCAGUGUCGCCCCAGAAUUGUCAACAAGAAGUUUGCUGCAUCUCGCGGCCAAAUCCGACUUAUUUCUGCAGAAUUCGGACCCCAUUAUUGGAUAUGCGACACCGCGAAUACAAAAUCAUAUCCAGAUAGGCGGCAUCACCGCUCGACCCGCACGGCCUCUUCCUGCGGAGUUAAAAAAACUGUACGAUAAAGAGAAAAGUGGAAUUGUGAUCAUGUCCUUGGGUUCAACCUUCAAAGCCCUGCCAAUGACAGUGAAACACAAAAUUCUGCGCACACUGUACAAAUUAAACGUAGCAGUGAUAUGGAAGUAUACACAGGAAAACGACAACAAAAACGUGAAAUCUGUGAAAUGGUUCCCUCAGAAUGACUUACUUGGUCACGUCAAAACGAGGCUUUUCAUCAGCCACUGCGGCAGUAACUCGGUAUUCGAGGCUCUUUAUCAUGCCGUGCCCCUUAUAUGUUUCCCUCUCUAUGGCGACCAGUUCUAUAAUGCCGCCCGUGUUGAAAAGUGGAGAGUAGGACUUUCCCUAUCCUUGCUUUACUCAUCAGAGGACGCCAUGUUCUCAACUUUGAGUUACGUUCUGCACAAUGUAACAUUCAAAGCCAACAUGAAACACGCAUCCGACAUUUUCAAAAGUCGUCCAGAGACCCCACGGGAACGUGCUGCCAUUUGGAUAGAUCACGUGAUGAGGUUUGGCGGAAGUCAUCUGCGAUCACGUGCACAGGAAAUGUCUGUCAUCACCUUUCUGGGUUAUGAUGUUUUUGUUGUACUUUUGUUAUUUUUUAUUUCCUGUCAGAUUCUACUUUAUAAAGGUUUCAAAUUUGUACAGAUGCAAUUUCUUUUAUGGCAAUCUAGAAAAGAGAAAAACACUUAACCGACUUGUUAGCUUAAAUUUAAAUGUCAAUCCGUCUUGGUGAAAAUAUCUUUUUAUAUUUCAGUUAUAGUUUGUGGCAUAUCAGAUUUUACGAUUUACUUUUCAAAUUUGUACAUAUGUAAUUUUAGUGCUUUUGUGGUAGUCUAGAAAAGAAGUAACAUUCAUCUGACAAGUUAAUUUAGAGGCAAAGAUAACCUUAUGAUGACGUGUACGUGAAAUGAAAGAACGUUAAACACUGUCAACGAAAUAAGUUCUAUUUACAUUUAAAAAAAUUUUUCCAACCCAGUAAAAUGAUAUUAAAACUUUGCGGUCGUCUGUUGGGACCAAGUCGGUACCAUUGACGGUACGUCCAAAUACUUGCAUUAAUCAGAAUGCUUCCAUUCGGCGAAUUCAUUCACAGUUUUGUAUGACUAUGCUUUUUGCAUGUAAAAGUCUAGCAGUUUCUGUGUAUUGUGUGAGGAAAACCGGCACUGGUCACAACUCCAAUGAUUCAAAUGCAUUUUACUGGGUUGAAAAAUUCUAUAAAAUUCUAUUUUCCUGCAGUGUUUAAUUGUGUUAGUUUUACUUCAUACUAGUGUUUUCUUUGCUUUUAGGGUUAAUAUAUAUAAGAGCAAUAGUUGGUUUUUAUUUUUAGCUCGCUAUGCCCUCAUGUUUUGGUUAAUUAUACUGUUAUAAUUUG